AAACGUCAAAUUAAAGUUCUCUAAAGUGUUGAAGGAGAAAAAAAGCCACACCCUUAAGUUGACAAGUAGUCACACGUGACAAGUAGUUCUGAGACAUGGCUGUGACAUACCCCAUUAAAUUUUCAUGCCCCGUAGGAGAGGAAGAAGUAGAGGAAGAGGAGGGUAAGGCUAUAAUAAGUGUAUUUUUCAUGACUACAGGACAUUUGCAUGUCACAUUGCGUGCAGAAACUGUCAUCCUUUGAGGGAGUGAAUGCAUGCGCAGGGAAGUGCGAACCAAGCAUGUAAAACCGCAAGAUUGAUUCAAAUCCCGCAGAUAAAUCCUCCGUUGUUUUUUCUUCUAAAAUCCCAUGAUAUUUAGAUGCUUGCAACCAAUCGCGUCAAGGAUAAUGAUUAUGAACAGUCUAUACAACUGUGGAAUGCAAAAAAUCAGAUCGAACGAGCAUCUUGCACCAAUGCCUUAUGAUGGACAACCCCCCUCCCUACCCUUAAUAACAAUUGUUUCCACGCAAUUCAAUUUCGGCUUAGAAGAAGAGGAGGCAGCGGAGGAAACAGAGGAAAAGGAAGAUGAGGGCGAGGAAGAAGAAGAGGGAGAGGAAGAAAAGGAGGAAGAGGCUGAGGAAGAAGCUGCUGCUGAAGAAGAAGAAGAAGAAGAAACGGAAGAGAAACAGGAAGCCGAAGAAGAAUCAGCAGAACCCGAGGGUGAGCUAAAGCUGGUAUUCCCCAGACAUUCAUCGCCUUCUUAUCUUGCCGACCAAUAAUGCUGUCGUCACUAUUGUGACCACGCCAAGCGGUGGUUCCUGCAUUCAAACACGCAUCAAAGAGUUUAAAAUGAAAACUCGCAGUGCUCAUGAAAUAUUUCAUCUUCCCCGUCGUAGCGUAACCAGCUGCUUACAAUGUAGAUUCUGUUGCAGGCAAUGUUAAGAUCUUGAACGAACAGGGUACAUCGUCCCUUACCUUGUGAUGCUCUCUGAUGAUCGUUUCUUAACUUGUGAUGCUUCUCUGUCGGUACUUUGAACAUUCGUUUUAAACAUGAGGCAAUCCCAUAGUGAAUAUAGAAUACAUAAAUCAUAAUUCAAAAUGGAACUUUUACCUUGAUGAAAGUCUAACUUUCCAUAUAUCAUCAUGCAACUUAGCUGAGGCUGAGGAAAAGGAGGAGGAGGAAGGUAAUUAACGGCAACAGCUUAGAAUCAUCGGUCAUGAACAAUUUCACUUUAACGUAAUCGCUACCUGCCUUUUAAAGAAAUACAAGGGACAAUUCUCUGAUCUAGCUAUGCUAAGUCACUAAGCUUAUUACAGGCACUAAACGCAGUUAAUUUACCCACAACAACACCAUAAAGAUUAAACAUUACCCUUUAAUCUAGCUGAGGGGGAAGAGAAGGAGGAGGAUGAAGAAGAAGGCAAAGAAGAGGGUGAGAAUUUUCUUCAAUUUUUUAUCCCAAUCAUCAAAUUUCCUCUCACGGCCCACCCCAAGUUUAAGUUCGAACAUUUUAGCACCAAGAAUUUUUACAUCAUGUUGAUGAAUUUUUCGCACAUUUGUCCAUACGUAUUUAAAGGUUUCCAAUAUUUCUUGAAUAUGGUCCAUCUUAAAUAAGCAGCUCUUAGGGUUAUUUACAUAUUUAACAGCAGCAAACAGUGCCCUUAACUUUAUGUUUUUGUAAUAGCUGAGGAAACAAAAGAAGAAGAGGGUGAAGCUGAGGGUGAGCAUCUCAAAGUCCUGCCUCUUCCACUUUUAGUCACAUCUCCUCCGGCUUUGCUUUGUCACAACCGUUUGAUUCACAGGCACAAAUGUUAACCAACAAAUGUACGUCGGUCGUCAGUGGCGUAUGAUCUGACACGGAUAUAACCUUCAUUCCCGUUUGUUCUCCUCAAGAUCUUUGGCUUCAAAUUUGAUAAUGACGUUGCGCCUUGCUACAGGAAAAUCACAAAAUGUAUGAUUUCUUGUAAUUAUGUUUCUUUCCCACCCAACUCCCCUUACCCAACAAAGAUGAAUCCGAGGAGGAAAAGAAAGCUGCAGAAGUAGAGGGUGAGGCUAAACCACCCUAAUAAUGGCUUCUGAAAUAUUUUGCGCGCUAAAUAACUUUAAAUGAGUACGAGCACUUUGAGACUUUGAGACUUUAGUACGAGCACUAGAUGCUAAAUUCUAUUAUCUUACGCCAGCCUAUUGCUAGCCUCUAUCGGAAAUACAUCAUGUAAUUUUCAUCUUUCGAAACUCAUUACGCAACGUAGAUGAACCCGAGGAAGAAAAGAAAGAAGAAGCGGAAGAAGUAGCGGGUGAGACUAAAUAUAAAACAGCACGUCUGCAGUAAAAGCACCAUUGUUGCCAAAUUUGUCUUACAAUUCUGACCACUACUUUACUAAAUUCUAUACACUCUAUGACCCAAUUCCUUGCUGUUGGAAAAUCCCAAAAUUGAUUCGCAUCAUAUAACUGUGAUUCUUUUGUUACUAAUUACGCAACAAAGCUGAAUCUGGGGAAGAAAAGGCAGAAGCAGCAGAGGAAGUAGCGGGUGAGGCUAAAACUAAAGCACCUAAAUUACAAAAUUCAUUUGACAACUUGAGCACUGUAUAGAUGUCUCGAUGUUACUUUGUAGACAACACUGCGUUGCUUUAUUGUAUAAUUAUAUGGUUCUUAGCUACAGGAAAAU